GCUUUCUGAGCUGUUCACUCCACACACUUCGCUGCAUUCCAAACGCGGGUCUAACCCAUCGCAGCCCAGCGGCUCACUGUCGGGGUCUAGCAGCUGCGCCACCAUCACGGGCUACUACGCAGCUACCAACAUCGCUGGAGCUACCAUCACUAGUAACAUAAGUGGCACCAUCAUCUCAAAUGUUCAGAGUGGGGUCACUAAAUAUCCUUCAAAACCGACCACUAGUGCUGAUCCCAACUCCCAUUUAGUGACAUCGAAUGUCAGCGCCUCCUCUGCCAUUAUUGUUAGUCCCGCUGGAGCUAUCAAUGGUAUCAGCGCGGUCCCCGCAAAUGCUCCUCUCAAUAACAACGCACAAAAUUCUACUAUGGUUUCUACUGUAAUUGCUAAUUCCACAGCGGCGGCUGAUCUGAUCGCAUCAGCCCCUCAAUCAUUUUCGAGUGCCGUUGGCAGUGUUACUAGCGUGGCCUGGUCUGACAUCGCCCGCUACGACCGUGAAGAAGUCUCCGAGGUCACUCAGAGAAAGACGUUCAGAGAUGAAGACAAUCCUUCUAUGUUUACUUCAACCUCUGAGCAUAUUUCCACAACUUCAAAUUCGGUGGCAAGUGUAACCGAGGCUCCGGUUACCGUCCACCCAGCGGCCACGUUACCGUCAAGUGUCGUCGCUGCUUCGUCCGCCUUUCAUGGCGUUGACGGGAGACCGCGGAUCAGUUCCGUAGGAGAGCGUGACGUCAUCACGGAGGGAGUGACUGCUUCCCAUUCUUCUUCUAAAGGAUAUGAUUACAUCGAGCUUACUGUGCAUGGAAUCGCCCAGCCUGGCCCGAACAUCACAGAAGAGCUCGUAUCUAUGCUGCAGAAGCGUCUAGACGAGGCAGUUCUAGACGCUGUAUGCGUCUUGCUUUGGAACAAUCCGCAGUACAAGCUCCCCCCUGAAGACGUUCAUUUCAUACAACCUCCAAAGCAGCCACCACAACUAACUCUAAA